UAUCGAUCUCUAAGCCAUGAAAAAAUCACUAUCGAAGCGGAUGCCGAUUCAGUGUUUUGCCAAUGUGGAUCACGAGUUUCCACUGCGCGCUGGACAAGAACCAUUAUUUAUUCAUUGAUUAGGAUACUUAUCCUUUAGAGAUUUGGCUCGUCCACCAUUUAUAACCAUGCACAGCCAUUUUAAGAAAUCUGUUACUAUAAAUAUGGGUGUUAGUCAUAUAUAUUUCAACUCACAAGGGCGUCUUGAAUAAGGAAUUGCUUGGGAAGUAACAAGUUAUAAAUUAUACUUUAGAAAAACGAAAAAAAAGAAAAGAAAAUACCAACAACAAAGCCCACCCGCCAUGGAAGAUGCUCUGUUCUACACAUGUCUUUCCCUUAUCAUCUUUUUCUUUGCUUUCAAGCUCUUCUACCUACAAUACAGAUCACCUUACAAAAACCUCCCACCAGGACCAUUUUCUCUUCCGAUUAUUGGUCAUCUCCAUCUCUUAAGACCUCCGGUCCACCGAACUUUACGCCGUCUCUCCCAAAACUACGGCCCAAUUUUCACUCUCUGGUUAGGAUCUCGCCGCGUUGUUGUGGUAUCGUCUGCCCCGGCGGUCGAAGAAUGCUUCAACAAAAACGACAUCGUUCUCGCCAACCGACCUCAGUUACUCUUGGGAAAACACGUGCACUACAACUACACAACUGUCGCAGCGACUCCGUACGGUGAUCACUGGCGCAACCUCCGCCGUAUUGGUUCUUUAGAGGUCUUCUCGUCGAGCCGCCUCAACAUGUUCUUGGGAAUCCGAAAGGACGAAGUGAAGCGCUUUCUGCGUAAGCUCUCGCAUAAUUCACGACAAAAUUUUUCCAAGGUGGAGAUGAAAUCGUCGCUUACAGAGCUAACAUUUAACAUCGUAAUAAGAAUGGUAGCCGGGGAGCGGUACUAUGGGGACGAUGUUACUGCUGAUAAGGAAGAAGCACAGAAUUUCAGAGAGGUUAUAGAGGAGUUAAUGCUGUAUGGUGGGACAACAAACCAAGGAGAUUUCUUGCCUACUUUGAAAUGGAUCGGAAUUAAUGGUUUUGAAAGGAGGAUAAAAAAACUUGCUAAAAAGACGGAUCGUUUACUGCAACGUCUAAUUGAGGAGCACCGGAGAAACCAAGGGAGUAGAAACACCAUGAUUGAUCAUCUACUCUCUUUGCAACAGUCACAACCCGAAUGCUACACCGACCAAAUUAUCAAAGGAUUUAUACUGAUAAUGCUAUUGGCUGGUUCGGACACAUCGGCAGUGACAUUAGAAUGGGCAAUGUCCAAUCUGCUUAACCAUCCUCAUAUCUUAGAAAAGGCUAGAGCAGAAUUGGAUGCUCAAAUUGGGCAACAGAAAUUGGUGGACGAAUCAGAUCUUUCAAAACUACCUUAUCUCCAAAACAUAAUCUCCGAGACUCUUCGAUUGUAUCCAGCAGCUCCAUUGCUGGUGCCUCAUUACUCAUCCCAAGACUGUACAAUUGGGGGAUACGACAUCCCACGUGACACUAUCUUACUAAUUAAUGCAUGGGCCAUACAUAGAGACCCUGAGCUUUGGGAUGAUCCAGAAAGUUUCAAGCCCGAAAGGUUCCAGAAGGGUAAGGUUGAGGUCUACAAGCUCAUGCCAUUUGGAGUUGGAAGGAGGGCCUGUCCUGGAAUUGGCCUAGCCCAACGUGUAAUGCACUUGACUUUGGCAUCGUUGAUUCAGUGCUUUGAAUGGGAAAGGGUCAGUGAGAAACAAGUUGACAUGACAGGAGGUAAAGGGCUCACCAUGCCAAAAGCUUUGCCAUUGGAGGCCAUGUGUAAAGCACGUGAGAUCAUGGAUAAUAUUCUUUCAGAUUCAACAAAUGAAAUUCGAAAUAUGCAUAAAAUGAUUUGAUUAGCUUUGCGAAGAGCAUAUAUCAGAUAGUUUAGUAUCGAUCAAUUAAUAUUUCGUGUACUAGUAUUUUUUUUUUUUAUCGAAAUAUUAAUAAUGAAUUUAAGCAA